CGGCGUGCCCCACUCUGUUUUUUACGACACUGCUUUCUGUGUAACAUUAUUUUAUUUAAUUUUGUGAAAUGUUUCGGUGUUAUGUGUGAAAAAUCUGGAAGUCGGAAACAAGAUUUCGAGAUGCAGGGGCUGGUGAGCGACAAGACGUUCCACCUCAAGUGGAACAACCACCUGCAGAACCUGAGCCAGCUGUUCACGACCAUCUACUCGUCGUCAGCACUAGCCGAUGUGACGCUCUCCUGCCGCGACGGGACCCUCAAGGCGCACAAACUGGUGCUCUCAGCAUGCAGUCCGUAUUUCGAACAGAUAUUCAAAGACAACCCAUGUCAGCAUCCUGUGGUGAUCUUGAAGGGGAUUCCGUUUUCGGAGAUCAACCUCCUUGUCGAAUUCAUGUACAAAGGUUCUGUAGAUGUGCAAGAAUUAGAUCUCCAAUCUCUAAUGCAUACAGCAUCAGAACUUGAAAUCCGAGGACUAGCAUAUGAGGCUCGGGAUAAUGCAGCACAGAUGUUGAAUGUCAAUCUGGAGUUCCCGUCAUACUCGCAAUCUUCGGUUGCAUCAGCUGCAUCUACAGUGUCCGCUGCAUCUGCUGCAGCUGUAGCAGCUACACAGGGGUACCCCCAAGCACGUACAAGCACGGAUUUGGAAAGAUUGAAACAAAUCCACAUGUACCAACAAUCAAUGAUGCGCGCUGAAGACGUUCGACGGCGGCGUCGUGACGAUAAUACCACACACACAGCUGUCAAUAACAUCUUGGCAGCCGCAGCUAGAGAAAUGGAGGAAGCGCGCCAUGCAGCCUCACGACCGGAUAAAAUCGUCACUAGUAUACAAACGGAGCAAGACCAGGCAGCGGCAGCAGCUGUAGCGGCAGCCGCGGUAGCAGAAAUGAAACGCGAACACGAAGAAGAAAGGCCAAAGAAACGCGUGUCCAUUCUCACACCCGAAGAUGACAAACUGCGCGCUAAAAAGAAGAUGACCGUGCGCUUCCAAGACGACGUAAAGACUGAUGAGCGCCAUGAACGCUACGAACGUCAUGAACGGAGUGAACGACCUAACAAAUCUUCUUCGCCUGGUGCAGCAUCCAAUGAAUUCAAGGUAGAGAGCGACAGACAUGGCGGCAUCAAAGUUGUACAGCUCUCCAUGUUGCAGAAGCCAACCAACAAUGACAACGACGACUCCGACGAGAAACCAAACAAAAGCAACAUAGAUGACGACGAAGAAACAGACUCGAGUGGCUCCAUCUCUGACUCAGCUGCCAAUGACUCGCACGAAGGACGUCCACACGUCUGCGAUGUUUGUGAUCUCAGGUUCCAACGCUCAUCUCACCUGAGUCGGCACCGCUUAACACACACCGGCGAAAGGCCCUUUACCUGCGGCGGCUGCGGACGAUCCUUCGCCCGAUCUGACAAGCUGCGAGUGCAUACCAAGAUCUGCGAAAAAGAAGACCCAACAGUGGAUAUGAAUGAAACCUCCACGAAGCGCGAGAACAACUCAGAGGUAAUGUCUGGCAUGGUGCGUACAACACACCGCGAAUCCGGUCACCUCGUAUUCACGCCCAGUGGUGACGUGAUGCUGCCGCCAAGAAACCCUGUUGUGUUAAACUCUACUCUUGAGCCUGUAAGGAAUGAGAUAAAUCAAGGAGACCUGGUAGAGCCACCUAGAAGAGGCCGUGGGAGACCGAGGAAGACUCCAUUGCCUAUGACUCCGAAGAUCAAGAAGAAGAGGGGACGCCCGCCGAAGACUUCCUUGGACAUGGAAGGCUGCGUGCUUACGAGCGGCGCCGUGUCGGGCGCCGGCGCACAGCUGCAGCUGGCGCCCUCGGGCCACCAGCUGCUGCUCAAGCGCAAGCGCGGCCGCCCGCCCAAGAACUACCACCUGCCGCGGACUGGUUUGGAUAUCGCGAUGGACCCGUUUCUAGCCGCGGAAUUUGGCAAGUUGUACGGACGCCCCAACGAAAACUACAACGCAACAAAUCUACCAUUUGGCGACUUUUCCUACCUAACAGAAAUGAUGUACAAUCCUCUCGCAUUCAACUAUGGAGUGACAAGCGUAGACCCCGAUCGCAACGUUGACGCCGACCAAUCAAUGACUACGGAAACUUCACACGAAAGAACUAUCGACGUAUCAGACUCCUCUUCCGACGACGACGAUUCCCGAGUGGAACCCGAAGAGAACGUACCACCAGUUGCCAUGGAAACUCAAAUAAUGACCGUUGGAGAUUGCCAGAUUGUCAAACUACCCCCGAAUAACGAAGAAAAGGAAGAUCGUAUUGAACACGUACAGGAGAACUUGCAAAUCGUAACUUCAACACCAAGCUCUGUCACAAUAACGCCUAUAACUACAGUUGGCGACUGUACUAUAAGACCGGUCGAAAAUAACACAUAAAGGCGGAGGUAUAUGUCUACCCCAUGGACAGUGACUAUAUUUCCUGUUCGUAAGUAAAAUGAUGAUCGGUAAACCUUCUUUAAAGAAAGAUGGUAAUAAAAAUGAUAAGAUGGGAGGGGUUCCAGUAUUUUAACUGUGGAACCCUAAACUAUGUAAAGUUACAUAGAAUUUUUGAAAGUUUUAGAAUCGGUUUGGAUGGGGUAGGCAUAAUAAUUAUUGUGGUAGCAUUUUAUCGAUAUUCUGUCACGCUUUUAUAAGUGUUAUAUGUCUUCCUAUAAGUGACAAUUUCCUAUGAAUCUUAUGCCUAACUAACAUAGACUGUUACAAUCUUAGUAAGCUUCAU